UCUCCGAGUGUGUGGAGAGGCAUCAGCCGCAGGACCAGGAGACGCGUUGGUUUAUCAUUGCUGUUUGUUGAGUUGUUGAGCUUUGAGUUGCAUUGUCAUCGAGGAUAAGUACGUAUUAAACCCACAACAAUGCCGCGUGUCAAGGGUUCCCCGAAGAAGUUCGUCAAAUCGCAGGCCAACUCGAACACAUGGAUUUUCCUCAUGAAAGGGGACAGUCUAGAAAGUACAGAAGGUGUGCACCCAGACAUGGUAAAGCUUCGACACCCAGCUUCGAAUCAGACAGCGAUGUUUGUUUUUAGUUCUGGUGAUGCUACUAUUCAAGAAGUCAUGACAUUUGAUGAAAACAAGAGAUCUUGGUUUAUAGAUGACAAUGUCAGGUCGGAUGGAAAAAUGCAUCUUUCAACUCCCAUUGACCCUAUUUUUUUGGUGCUACCAUAUUUAAGAAAAUCUCAACAAGUUAUGCCAUUGGAGCAAUGCCUUCAUGACGAAGAUUAUCCCGAAACUAGCAGACUGGUCAAAUGCCAAAAUUUGAAGCUGUCCCUUGUAGCUGAUAGAAAGGGUGAUGAAUCUUUACAAGCGUUCAAAUACAAUGAAGAAAAAACAAUGAGUUGGUUAAAAAAAAAAGUUGAAAAAGUAGCUGAUAUUGUAAGGCAAAAGGGUAUUCAUGUCUCUCAUGGUGCUGUUAGUGCUAACUUUGUAAAAAGUAGUAAACACGAAGGUGGCACUGAAACAGAGUACUUAAAAUAUGCCCAUGGAAUUGUUUCUGAAUAUCUCGCCGAAGACUUGAGUAAAAAAUUGUUCCAGUAUCUUAAUUUACCAGAUGAUUCAGAACAAAAGAAACGUAAAUUAAUCAGUCCAAAAGAGACGACUGAAGAAAAAAGGCCUAAAAAAGAAGCGCAGUCACACGAAGAGUCUCCCAAAAAUGGAGCAUUGGAUCUCACUAAAUCAGAGAAGCCUGCCAAGCUACCAACCGUAUCCAAAAAGGAUUUAGCGAGGCAAAAAGCUGCUGCUGGAUCAAAGAGUAUCACUAGUUUUUUUAAAAAAAAAUGAAUGUUAGAAGUUAAUCAUUUAACUGACGUAGUGACUUGCCGCUUUUAAAAAGGUUCGUCACAAUAAGGCGAUCUUCGAAGUCUCUAUGUUCCUAUAAAUGUUAUUACAUAAACGUCAAUACUAAUUAUUAAAGACUAAGAAAAUUCUCAGCAAUCGACCACGUAGAAUCGAUUAAUUAUUAUAUGUAUAGCACGUAAACGUUUUUGCAUUUAUAUUCCUCGACAAAAGAGGAUGAGCCUGUAUUUAAGUAUCGACAGAAGUACGUAUAUAUUAUUCGCGGAUAUUUCUCAUGACGAAUGCAAAAACUGUUCCAGUGAUUUUUUUUUUCGUUUUAUUUAAAAAUUACAAAUUCUUCAAAUAAGACUGUUAGAUUGUAUACAGACAAGCAGCUAUUAACUUCAUUUGGAUAUAGGAUGUGGUUUUAUUUAUGUACAUAGAACAGCGUUUUUUUAGUCGAUGAUUAAGUGAGUUUGUAUUUACUACAAUGAGACGUUUCAGAUU